GUCUCUCCCAAACAGCUGUCUUGAAUCACGACGAGCAGACUUUAUUGCCUGCCAGUUUCCUCCAUGGUACCCUACUUCUGUCAGGCUCCGGGCUCGGCCUGCUCUCCCAUCGCACGUAGCGCGUGCCCAGUAACGGCCCUAUGUGGGACCCCUCCAGCGUGACCCUGUCCCGAGUGCCGACGACCUCGAUGCGUGGGCCUCGCUGUCAACAUCCGGCCUGCCAUCCCUUCUAUUUCCGCGAUAACCUUGAAAGUGCGCUGGAGAACCCUGCCAUUGUUCAGCCGAUUUCUUGCGCAGUCUCUCAAUAAACUCCGAUGUUGCGAAACCCUUCGUCACUGUCUGGGACCAAGUCAACUAGGGAUACGAAGAAGUGAGACAUGCGGGAUGAAGCACCGAUCGGCAGGAACAACUACUCUAACGGGUUGGAUGCGUUGGUUCCGAUGGUUUCACAGGCCCCAGCCCCAACAAGCCCCAGCCCCGCCGAUUUCCUCAGUCUGAACGCGACUUCAAAUCCUCCUCGAUGUGGCUCUAUCCCUCAUGACUCGCCCGAGCUUCGCGAACUUUCUGGAUAUAACCACCCCACCGCAACUCGACGCUAUGGAUUUUACACGUCUUUGAUCGGAACGUGGUGGCCUAUUUUUAUUUGCUUCGACCCGAUGCUUAACUACCACGCCAUUCUUAACAAAUACAUCGUCGGGCUGGAGGGGACGUCAUCAAUGAUGUCUCCAUUCUGGUGGGCGACGCCAAAAAAGGAAGAUGCCAUCGAUCUAAGCUUGAUCUACACCGGAGUGGAGGACGAUUCGGCAAUCAACUGGACCUGCGGACCGUAUGCCGCGGCACUACCGGCUGCCAACCCAGCAAACAACGACACCGCCGCCAUCGACGCAUACAACUCCACCAUCAUCAUCCGCUCAGGCUACUACACGUCGACAUAA